GAGCAAGCAACAAAUCUCAGUAUGCCUGAGCCAGCGAAAUCUGCUCCAGCGCCUAAGAAAGGGUCUAAGAAAGCUGUUACUAAGACUCAGAAGAAAGGUGAUAAGAAGCGUAGAAAGACAAGAAAGGAAAGUUAUUCUAUUUACGUGUAUAAAGUACUGAAGCAAGUUCACCCAGAUACUGGUAUCUCUUCUAAAGCUAUGGGCAUCAUGAACUCGUUUGUGAACGACAUUUUUGAGCGUAUCGCAGGAGAGGCGUCUCGUCUGGCCCAUUACAACAAGCGCUCGACCAUCACUUCCAGAGAGAUUCAGACCGCUGUAAGACUGCUGCUGCCGGGCGAGUUAGCCAAACACGCGGUGUCUGAGGGCACUAAGGCUGUUACCAAGUACACCAGCUCUAAGUAGAUUCUAUCAAGGAACACAAAACCCAAAGGCUCUUUUAAGAGCCACCCACAUUUUCAAUAGCAGAGCUCAAAACACUGUUUUCCCUGUUUAUGCUAAGUGUGAUUGUUCCUCAGAGAAAACACGUUUUAAAAAUUUAAAUCAAAUCUUACGUUAGUAGGAAAU